AUGUCCUGCCAGCAGAACCAGCAGAGGUGCCAGCCCCCUCCCAAGUGCAUCCCCAAGUGCCCUGUCCCUAAAUGCCCCCCAAAGUGCCCUCUAGUCUCUUCCUGCUCUGAGAGUGGGGACUGCUGUCUGAGCCACCACAGGCCCCGUCUCUUCCACCAGCGCCGGCACCAGAGCCCUGACUUCUGUGAGUGUGAGCCCUCGGGGGGCACCAGGUGCUGUGAAAGCUCUGGGGACAGCUGCUGA